AUGAUGCGAGAUCACCGCUCUCGGGACUCCGAGAGUGCUCGCCGCCGGUGGCACGAGUCUCGCGAUGCGAGAGAUUCGCGUCAACCGCCGUCGCAGCAGCCAACGCCGACUCAGCAAUACCCGCAACAACAACAACAACAACAACCGCCUCCACCACCACCGCAGCAACAACAGUACCAGCAACAGUACCCUCAACAAUACCCUCAGCAAUAUCAGCAACAACGAUACCAACAACCCCCCAUGUACCAACAGCCCCAGCAAUACCAACAAUUCCAGCAUCAAAACUCCCCUCAGCAACAGCAGCCUUACAAUCAACAACAGCAGUACCCGCAAUCUCAACACUACCCCAACGCGCCGCCGCAGACUCAUCCCGCCUAUAAUGAUCCCUACUCACCUCACCCAGAGACACGUCGACCGCAGACGCCCUCGAGCAUAUUCUCUUCGUCCAGUGACACGUCGUCGUCGCUACUGGAUAUCUCGCGAUUCAAGGACACGAAGGAAUAUGGCGGCGUUUUCGGCACCUUCUUCAAGGCGCCCUCAGAGCGCGUGAGGCAGCGUUUGCACAAGAAGAAGAAGAAGCGCCGCGUGCUCUACUUUGGCAAUUCGUCAUCGUCAUCGGUCAACUCGGACUUGGCGUACGGCCAGGGAUAUGUCAAGCAGCCAAAGAGUCGCACUCUUAGCCCUCGGAGCCGCGCUUCCGCUUCAGCCCAAGGAUACGCGUCCUCUUCGGGAUACGCACAGGGCUAUGCGCGCCGAAGACGGUCUUCGGCAGAGGCCUCCGACCGCGACCGCACGCCCACACUCCCACCCAGGAAAGCAAAGACUGCGGACGAAGAGAUCAUGGCUCUUGGUCAACAGCUCUCUAAUCUAGCCAGGAAGUCCAAGGAGGAUGAGAUGCGCCGCGCUAACAAGAGCUCAGGUAAGGGCAAGGCGGCAGCUCUUGGACUUGCAGCGGGCGCGGCAGGCGCGGCAAUGGCGUCUCGAUACGGUCGACGUCAGGGUCACGGCCUGGGAAACUCCAAGACUCGUGUCGAGACUUCCGACGACGAUUCGGACUGGGAGGAUGCCUCGGACGACGAAUCUUCCUCCACCACAAGUGAUAGUGAUGGUGCGGUCUCGGCCGCCGACUCGGAGCUUGCUUACGGCACCGUUGGGGAGUCUCUCAGGCCCGCUGUCGGAGUUGCCGCGGCUGCUGCAAGUGCGAGCGCCGCGGCAGCAAUGGCUGGCUCACACUCUCACUCAGGCUACCAUUCAUCUUCGGACUAUCGGAGAUAUGGAUACGGAUAUAAUGGAGAGAAGAGCUCGAUCGUUGAUCCCCGGCUGUUCGGUCCCUACAAUUCGCUGCGAGGCUCAAUCAACACCCCGUGUGGCUUCCGGGAUGAAGAGCAAGCAGCCGCCUACCGCCGCUCCUCGGGCAGUGUGGCGUCAGGUCCGAUUCACAUGCGGGACAACUACCCAGGUCCCAGCGCUGAGCAUUCUCGCUUCCAAUCAGAACAAACUUCCCAUUCCGCCUCACACCAGGCUCGACCUGCUCCAGUUCCCCUUCAGCAGCCCGUUCCCAAGGUCCCGGUGUCUUCAAAGGUCUACGAGACGGAGAAGUUUGAGGAUUCGAGCCGAAGGGAAUCUCGCAACUCUCGUCAGCGGUCUGAUGGCAAAUGGGGCGACAUUGCUGUUGAAGCAGCCGCAGUUGGCGCAGUCGGCGCAGCCGUGGCGUAUACGGCUUCACGCAAGGAAAGCAAGGAAAGACGAGAGUAUCGCGAAGAUAAGCGUGAUCACGAUAGUCGACGUGGUCGGGAUGAGAAGCGGGAGACCGACUCGAAGCGCCAGGAACGAGUCGAGGAGGAGUCUUUCGAGCGAGAGCGCGAGCGACUGGAGUUUGAGCGACAGAAAGCCCUCGAGGCGGAGCAACUGAAGCUCCAGGAGCUCGAACGCCAAAAGGCUCAGGAAAUUGAGCGGCAGAAAGCUCUCGAGCUCGAGAGGCAGAGAGCCCAGGAGCUUGAGCGUCAGAAGACCCUCGAACUCGAACGACAACUGGCUCAGCAGGCGGAACGACAUAAGGAACUGGAAAUUGAACGGCAACGAAACCUGGAAUGGGAACGGGAAUACCGACGAACGCACCACGACUCCUCUUAUUCACAGUAUAAUGAGCGAAAGCACGAGAAAUCCUCACGAUAUGAUGAUCAUGACGAUACCCACAAAGUAACGAAGGAGAAGGAGGCUGAGAAGGAGGAGAGGAGCAAAGUCGACGUUGUAGUUGCGCCUCAACUGGAUCGAAGCGAAGGCACAGAAUUCCGCAUCGAGCAUGGGCCCGAAUUCCAGGUCAUGCGCGAGCCCGAGGUUCAGGCUGAGAGUAGCGAGCGCAUUACCACUGUCACUGAAGAGAGCCGCGAGCUUCCUCUACCAACUGGUGCAGGCCACCAUGUUGUUACUGAGCACGAAGUUGUCGCAGAGACGAGCCAGCCUGCUCAGCCCAGAGACCCGGCCUACGACCCAUUCCAGUACCAGGUUUCGGACGAUGCUUUCACCAUGUCCCAGGCGGCUACGCCCAAGCGACCCCUUACGCCUAAUGUCGUGACGAUUGAACGCGAACCUAAUUUUGAUGAUUCUCCGCCAAGAUCCCUGGCAUCAGAUGCUCGACUGAGCCGCCGGGACUCGUUCGAGAUCGAGAGGAUGGUGGAGGAGUACCGCAGAGGAACACAGGACGUUAUGCAGUUCCAGGACCCCCGCUCCGGUCACGGAUAUGAGGAAGAGGAGCAUGAAGCCAAGUCUAUUCUUGAUGAGGCCAAGCAUGCCACUGUCCCUGUAGCGGCGGUCGCAGUCGCCUCCGCUGUCGCCGUUGAGAGGGGACGCCAGAGCAGCGAACACGCCAAGGACAGCUCACGAGACAGUUCGCGACAGGAACGAGACACAGUUCAGGAGGAGGCCGAUCGAUACUACCGAGAGACCUGCAUUGCUCGGAAGAUUGCCUCUGAGGAGAUGCGAUCUCGCAGUGCAUCUCCUGAGCGAUCGGUUAUUGACAAGUGGCAAGACGACAAGUAUGAACCCAUGACCAUUGUCACGCCGCCUGAUAUGGAGGAAAAGCACCCAGAGACGAGCCCCUUCGACGGUCCUAAUGCGGAUGUGAAGAUUGACAACAAGAUCUAUCCUCGUGAGGAGAGACACUACCGCAACCUGGGCGACAACUCUAUGGCUCUCGUUCUGAGGUCAAGGGAAGUCUCGCGGGAACGACCUGUCCUGAAUCUGAUCUAUCCCACUCCCAUCCCAAGUCGUCAGCCUUCUCCUGCACCCGAGAAAAAGGAGACAACAAGGGAAAUCGAGGAAGUAUCUGCCACUCCGGAGGCCAAGGAGGUCACGGAAGUCACAGAGGUCACUCCUGAAGUCGCUGAGAUUGCCCCGGAAGCUAGAGAAGUCACUUCCGAAGUCAAGGAGGUCACACCCGAAGACGUGAUCGUCGCACCUCGAGGUGAUAUCGUCCCGCUUGGCGAGCCGGCGCCCCUUGCCAAAUCCGUCACUUGGGGUGAGAACGAGACAAAGAGCUUUGAAGUUGAGACUCCUGAGACUCGUAGCGAUUCUGAGAGCUACUUCCACUCCGAGCCCUUGGAUAGGACUUCUGAUAAGCCCAGGCCACGACUGAACAAGGCGAGCCGAUGGGGCAUCUUGGCUGCAGCGAUCGCCGGCAGCAGUGCUGAGCCCAUCAACGAGCCUGAAGUCGAGAUUCCUUCUCACAAGGCUGCGGAUAUACCCAGAAGCUAUCCCGAGGAGACGAGCCGCGAGGUGGUUCCUGUUUUCUCCGCCGAGGUCUACGACGAUGACUCGAGCCGUGAGCCACCAAUUCCUGGACCCAAGCCCGCGAGCCCACACCCCGAGCAGAUGCCCGGUGGCUACGCCGAUGAUCUCGAGUUUGCUGCCACUCUUGCCGCUGGUCUGAAGGAGACCGGCUUUGAUCCCGAGAUUGUUAUUGACAACCCGACUUUCCACCGCCGCGACUCUUCGCCGGGCGUGCAAAAGGCGAUCGGUGACGCUCACGGUGACGCUCAUGUCGAUGCUAAGGGCAAUUGGUACACACGACCUUACGCAGAGACCGCCUCGGACACCAGCGACGCUCCUGGUAAACUCUUGCCGGAGCAGCAGGGCUUUAUCAUUGGUGAGGUAGAGACUCCUCAAGAGGACAACCCCGUGCCGUUUGUGGCUGAGCCCGAAGUCACAACCAAGAGCCCCGAACCCGAGAAGUCAGACCUUCCAAGGGCCGAGGACGUGCCACUGCCCGACGAUGAUUCGGAAGUCUCGAAGUUGAGUAAGCGACAGCAGCGGAAGCGAGCCAAGUCCGAAGUUGUUGUUGUUCAGGAUGACAACAAGGCUGAGGCCACGCCAAUAGAGCUCGCUCAACCUCGAGAAGUGGGCGAGGCAGUCUGGGAAGAUAGUGCUUGGAAGAGAGGCAAGAAGGGCUGGAAGAGUCGUGAAUUUGAGGACGAGUCCGUCUCUCGAGUUUCCCCUUCCACCGACUAUUACCACGACAAGUCUUCUCAGGAGGUACCAGCCAGAGAUGUCAGGUCUGACGAUGGCUGGGAUACCGCGCAAGACGAACGACGGAGCCGCGACUUUGACGCCGCCGACGUUGCUCGAGUUGCUGCUCCUGCAUUCGCCAUUGGUGCAUGGAGUGCCUACCAUAGUCAAUCUUCCAGAGACGCUGAGCCCAGGCAAGCUGGGUACCAAGACCAGUGGGAUCCUUCGGCAAGACCUUCGGAUUGGGCGACCCGCGAAGCUGGCGAAGCUGGCGAAUGGGUCGCCUCACAGGGCUCAUCUCCUUCCAGGACUUACCAUCGAUCAUUGUCCAGAGAUGCCGUUCUGCGAGAUGCCACCUCGCAAGAUAUCCGCUCCCGCGAUGAUCUUGAGACUCCCAAGAAGUCACGGAAGCAGUGGAAGGAUGAGGACUACUACUACGAGGACGACAGAUCCCGUGUCUCCGCUCCCUCGAGAUCUCACCGUCGACACACAUCAAGAGAUGUGUCGUCUCGAGAUGUGCGGUCUGACGAUGAAUGGGAGGAUUCCAAGCGUUCAAGGAGGCACAAGAAGGAGCGUGACGCAUACUACGAGGAUGAUUUAUCACGCAUCUCUGCACCACUGGAGCUCCCUGACAGCCGGUCAUCAAGGAGACGAUCCUCUCGGGAUCGGUCAAGAGAUCGAUCGAGGGACCGAUCAAGGGACCGAUCAAGACACAGAUCAAAGCAUCGUUCAAAAGACCGGUCGCGAGAUAGGUCCCGGCACAGAAGGUCUGAUGACGAGAGGGAUACUCCCAGGUCAAGGAGGUCCAAGCGUGACUCAUAUGGCCAUGACUCUCCCUCGCGUUCAGUAGUUGCCUCUGAGAUUUCAGUCGGCAGCUCUGGUGGCAGGAGAAGCAAGAAGUCCAAGCGCAGAAGCGGAAAUGAAGAGGACUGGUAUGACUAUCGAGACAGCCCACCGGACCGCAGGCGCGAACACUUUGAUGAUCGGGACGUGAGCUCUGUCGUGUCCGAAUCUCGCGGUGAUCGACGGGAGUCUGGCCACCGACGAAAGUCUUCUCGAUAUGACGACGACGAUGUCAAGUCAGUUGCGUCUAUGCCGGGCUCUUCCCGCAGAGACAAGGAUUACAGGGAACGCCGAGAUCCAGAGAAGAGAUCCAGUGGUAUCAUCUCCAGCCUCUUCAAGUCCAGUCGCAAGGAUAAGAGGGAUUCUUUUUUAGAUAAUGCCGGCACCCUUGGCGCGGGUGUCGGCCUAGCGGGUGCUGCGACCGUCAUUGCUGCCUCUGACGCUGCUCACUCCAACGCCGCCGAGGCUCCGUCGGACCAGGAGCAUGACAGCUUGCGCGAAGGCCGUCGUGUGCGAAGUUACGAAAUCCUCGACCCCGAGGUCGCCCCGCGUGUCUUCAAGCCCGCCAUCGACCCUCAGUAUGGCGAUCUUCUCCCCCUCCCCCCUAGCGAACCUGGCAGUCCCGUCUCUGGCCCCGAGGAGCUGCCUUCACUGCCUGAUAGCCGACCAGACACUCCUCCUGAGGAGCGUGUCAUAAGGCGUGAUACCCGCACUCACAAUCGACGCCGCAGUACCUUUGAGACGCCGACCAAGUCUCCAAGCCGAACAGCCGUCCCUAUUCAGCUUCGUCUGGGCCAGAGGUCGAACCCUGCCUCUCCCGUUGGCCUCAAGUCAUCGCCCUCAGGCUCUCCGGUUGUGAUCAACUCGGACCCUGCUGCAGUCAUGUCUCGACGAGUAGCCCGGCCAACCUCAUGGGAUAGCACUCGCGAGAUCAUGCCGUUGUAUCUCCUUGAGCAUUCUCGUCAAGCCCCACCAACGACCGGUUUGGCUCUUCCUGCACUCCCUCCCAGUGAGCCUAGUGAGGCUGGAUCUAGGCACUCACCUAGUCCUGAGGCCGAGUUCCACCAGCGCGGUGAUUACUUUGACCUGGAUAGUGCUCAGUUCUUUGAUCCUGCUCUUCAUAUCGAUACCAAUGUGCCUCAAGCUGCACGCAAGAACUCCUCCACAGGAACUGACGAGUCCACAACUCCUCGUGCCCUGUUUCACCCAGAGCUCCCAGUUCCCGACUUCACAGAAUCUCUUGACCGGGAAGCACCUCGUGAGAGCUCUGUUAAGGCCCCAUCUCUGCCAACGACCCCGCAGCCUGUCCCCGUCGAAUCGACAAGCAAGGACAUGGGCGCUGAACUUCUCGCCAUGACGCCUUCUCCGCGUGAGCCUGCUUUCCCUGUGGCUCCCGCAACUCAAUCAGUUACUCCUGAGGAUCUUACUUCUACUGGUGAGCACUUCUCCGACGCCACCGAGGCCCAAUCUCCUCGAGGAACUAUUUCCAAGGCCUUUGACGACGUCUCCUCGGUGGGCACCGUUGAAGAAAUCCCUUUCAAGGGUCCUGUUCAGCCUGAAGCCGAAUCUGCUCCUCAGCCUGUCGUUGAGUCUCCUCAAGUUACCCCAACGACAGAGCCUGCUGCCAUUCCUGUAGAGGAGCUUUCCACCGAGCAGCCUGCCAUCGCGGAGCGUGCCGCCCCUCUUGAGCCCGUUGUUGAGGACGUUUCGAGGUCUGUAGAUGCACCUGGCAUCGAGCUACCCACCGAGAAGGCCGAGGUGCUAGAGCCUGCAACUCAGGAUCGGUCAAUCACCGUUGAGCCGAUUGCUGAAGAUCUUCCGAAGCUUGUUGAAGAGCCGACUCCUGAGCUGCCCAUCGACCAGGCCGACCUUGUCUACGAGCAGCCUAUAGUCCUUCUCGAGCCUAUCCCUGAGGAGCCUGCUGACUUUGCAGAGGAGCCUACUCCUGAGCCAUUCACCGAGAAGACCGGAGACCUGGGGACUGUGAUUGAAGCGUCCACAACCGAGGAGCGUGCAGCCAUUCUUGAGCCUAUCCCUGAAGAACACGAGAAGCCCACAGAGGUGCCGUUUUCUGACUCGCUCACGGAGAAGGUUCAGGAUGCGCAGCCUGUAACCAUCUUUGGGCCCAAUGACGGAGACGUUUCCAAGACUGCCGAGGAACCUGUCUCUGAGGUCGUCGCCGAGAAGGCAGAGGAAAAGGAGCCCAAGUUUGUCUCCUUACCUGUUGGAGAGACCGUGGAGCCCAUCGUCGCUGCGCCCAUGAUCGAGGAAUCACCGAGAGAACUAGAGCCCGUUAGCAAGGAAGUUGCUGACCUGGUCCUUGAGGAUGUGACCAAGCCUGAAGGGACCCCUGAGGUUGCCAAGCAGUCAACCGGCGGUAUUUCUCGCGAGAUCCAGCCCGACCUUGCCGACAUGACCGCGACAAAGAUUACUCCUGAUGCUAUUGUCGAGCCUCAGCCUCAGCCUGCUAUCGAAGCCACCGCUGAACCUACUUCUGUCACUGUCGAGCCUCUGGAGCAACCCGAAGUUGAGGACAAGUCCCGCGAAACCAAUAUGGAGUCUAUCGGGGAGGAUGUGGCCGAGCCCGCCGUCACAGCGCUCACCCCCGAUGCCAUUCUUGAGCCUUCGGCAACGUCUGCCCCUGAAGCCGCCGCCGAGCUUCCUUCUGUAGCCGAGGACAAACCUACUGAGCCUGUCGUCAAAGACAUGGCUGCCGCUGCCGAGACCUUUAUUGAACCAACCACGGAACCGGUCGCUGAGCCAGUGCCCGAGUCUACUGAAGUUGCAGCCGAGCCCGUAGCCGAAGCGCCUGCUGAACCCUCUACUGAGGCAGCUCCUCAGCGUGCAGAGAACGAAUUCACCACGGAAGAAUGGCAAAGCCUCUCAGCAAAGGAUAGGAAGAACAUGAAGAAGAAGCUCAAGAAGAAGAAUCUGGAACUCAUCGUCAAGGACUCCUUCGAGGUCGCUGCCCCCGUGGAAGAAGCUGCUAAGGAUGAGAAGGCGGAGCGAAGCGAGGAGACUACUGCCAAGGACGAAGCUCCAGAAACAACGCCAGCCACCACUGAAAGAGAAAAGGCCCCUGAAUCAUCAGAGCAACCGACCACAGACAUUUUUGCUACCCCGGCUAAGGUAGAGGCCGAACCCGAGCCUGAGUCCACCGAGAAGGAGCUUCCCAAGGUUACCGAGCCUGAAGAGUCGCAACCCAAAACUGCCGAUGAAGUGCCAGCGGCUGUACAGAAGCUCUCUCAGGAGCCAGAGCCCGCUGUUGAACAGGUCUCCGACAAUCUUCCCGUUGAGAAGGAAAUCGCCCAAGAGCCAGAGCCUGUUCCCGAGGCCGAAGCAUCGGUCCUAGAAGCAGUUGUGGAUGCCAAGCCCGUGACUGUUGAAGAGCCUGCGGAGUCCCCUGCCGUCAACGCUGAGGCGGCGGCCGAGGAGCCAGCUCAACCCCAGUCCAAGAAGAGCAAGAAGAAAAAGAAGAAGGGAAAGCAAGUGGCGGAAGAGCAGUCAACCCCUGCCGAGCCUGAAGCUACUGUUCAGGAAACAGACAAGGAGGCUUUCGAUGCAUGGGCCGAACCAAUUGCCCCUGUUGAGCCCUCCCCAGAUGCUCCCGCUGAACCUUCAGAUGCUCCAGUUGAGGGCUCUCUUGAAGAGACUGUUGAACCCGCAUCGACUCCUGUCGAACCCACGUCGGGUGCUGCCGCUAAGCCCUCAGAUGCGCCUAUCGAGACCCUACCGGAAGCACCAGCUGAGCGUUCUCUCGAGGAGGUUGUUGAACCUACAGAGGCUCCUAUCGAGCCCACCCCUGAUACUCGCGCUGAGGCCUCAGAUGUCCCUGCUGAGCCUUCAGGUGUUCCCGCUGAGACCCUGCCGGAAGCACCAGUUGAACGCUCUCUUGAAGAGGUUGUUGAACCCACAGCGGCCACUGUCGAGCCUACCCCUGCCGAGCCCUCAAAUGCUCCCGCCGAGACCGUACCAGAAGCACCAGUUGAGCGCUCUCUCGAAGAGGUUGCUGAACCUACAGCGGUCCCUGUUGAGACGGCACAAGAGCCCCUUGCCGAGCCAACUCCGGAAGUGGAUGCUUUUGAUGCUUGGGCACAGCCAGAUGCUCCUGUGGAGACUGUUGAUACUGUCGAGUCAAAGCCGGAGACCCCUGCUGCUACUUCUGAGGCAACGCCUGAACCGUCCACCGAGGCAACUCCUGAAGAGACUCCAUCCAAGUCGAAGAAGAAGAAGAACAAGAAGAAGAAGGGCGCCAAGUCUGAAGAAACAGCUCCUUCUGCCAGCCAGGAAGCUUCUUCUACGCCCGAGCAGCCUCUUCCAGUCUCGGAAGACAAGACUGGACAGCCUGCAGAGGCCGACAUAACCAAGGACUUGCCCCGUGAUUCGCCUGCUCCAGUUGAUACAGCUGAACCCGAAAGUACUGAGACCCCCGCGCAGGAAGCAGGAUCAACAGAACCGACCGAAGCUCCCCAGCCUGAGACUUCCUUGGAAGGUGAGACCGAAAAGAAACCAGAGGAGAACGAGUCUUCCUCUGCACCUGAGCCAACUGCGGACCAUGAUCGCCAGCUGGUCGAGCCCGAGGACUUGCCGAACCCUACCGAGGCACCCAAGUCCCAGGACGUUGAUGAACCCGCCUAUUUGCCGUCAAGCAUGGGUCUCCACGCUCCCCAGAAGCCUGCGCAAGAACAAUCUCAGAAUCGAUACUUCCCCUCCACCUUGGGCGUCUCUCCUGCCACAAGAGGAUUCGCUGCUGUUGGAUCUGCUUGGAGAAAGAUGUGGGGAUCUCCCGCUCAGGUGAAGAAUGAGUCCCAAUCGAUAGAGCUUGAAGCCGAUCAGGUUGACAAGACGGUUGAUGAUGAACGGGAGCCUGCGGUUGCGGAAACCGCUCCAUCUCAAGAGGAGAAGCCUAUUGAUGUGGCCGAGCCUGAGACUGCUGUUGUACCCGAGAAUGUGGAUGAGAAGGCAGAAACGGUUACUGAGCAGGCACCAACUGGUGAAGUCAAGCCCAACACUCCUCCAGCAGACUCUGAUCUGAACGCCCCUGUUGCCGACACGGCCCGGACCACGCUGGAAUCGCAUAUCUCAGAGCCACUCUUCUCCCAGGGAGAUGCGCCUGUUGAGGAGUCUCAAGCAACUUCCAUUGGCCCGGAGCCCUCUCAAGUCGAUGACAUGACUCCCGCCACCGAUGUUGUGAGCCGUGAUAUUCUUGGUCAGGAUGAGCCGACACCUGCUCCUCAAGAGGAGUCUAUCAAGAUCGCCGAGAAUGAGCCUUCUACCACAACCGACAACGACGCCAUCAAGCCAGACCAGGACGACACAGUGAAGCCCCUUGAGGCUGAGCCUGUCGAGACUAGCGAGGAGCCAACCGCCAAGACACCUGGAGAAGAACCCAUGUCGACUGGCGAAGAUAUUGCAGGCCAAACAACAGUGGUUGCCGAACCACAAGCAACUGACGAGGCGACAAAAUCAACUGACGCCCCUGAGACAGUCGAACCUGAGUCCCCUGUUUCGAAGAAGAAGGCCAAGAAGAACAAGAAGAAGAAGAAGAACCAGGCCAGCCAGGAGGAGGAAGUCAAGAACGACGCUCCUCAGGGCGACGUCACGGUCAACCUGGAGGAGGAGCACAAGAACGAGACCGCUCUGGAUGAGACUAAGGCUAAUCAAGAGGAGGAGGUUAAGAACGACCCUGCUGAAGAUGAGGUCAAGACCCAGGAGGAACAAGCCAAGCUCAGCACGAAGGAGGAGGCUACCCAAGAUGAUACCCCGGCCAACCAGGAGGAGGUUAAGAACGAAACCGCUGAAAGUGAGCUCAAGACUGAAGAGGAAGUCAAGCGUGAAGUGGAGGAUGCGACCGUUCGAAGCGAGAGCAAGAGCAAGGAUGAACCCAAGGUGGAUGAGGCCAUUCCAGGACCUACCGAACCUUCAGUCGAAACGAACGUUGCCGCAACUGUGGACACACCUGCUCUGCAGCCUACAGAGGAAGCCAUACCUGACACCCCCAAGGAAACUCUGGCUGAGGAAAAGUCACCUCAACCUGAAGUUACCGAGGAGACUUCUGGGGACAAGCAAGUGGAGGAACCAACCCCAGAGCAACCAACGGAUGCACCUCUCGAUCUCGGUUAUAAACCAUCUGUCGAUGAAUCUCAGCCUCAACCAGCCUCAGAGGCAGAGCCAGCGACCAAGGAAGCUGAAGCAGCCAAAGAGGCUGAGGCAACCAAAGAAGCUGAGGCAGCUAAGGAAGUCGAAGCAGCCGCUAAGGAAGCCAAGGAAGCCGCGGAUAGGGCUGCUCGUGAAGCUGAAGAAGCCGAAGAAGCUCGUGACACUGAGGAGAUGGCAGCCCUGAGGGAAAAGAGGGCGCGAAGGAAAGGUCGUCUCUUGAAGAAGGACCAGCAACGCCUCAUUGCCCUUGAGGAAAAUGCUACCAGGCGGGCAGAGGCCCGAGCAGCUCGCGAAGCCGAAGAACAGGCCGCCAAGGAACUAGCGGAGACAGCCGCCGCUGAAACUGCCAUUGCCGAACCUGUUGCCCAGGAGCCUACGGAGGCUGAGGGUGUUGCGCCAUCUGAGACCAAAGAAGCCCAAGACAUCAACGCCCCAGUUGAUGAAAGCCAAGCCAACAAGGAGCCUGAGGUCACCGAGGAACGCCCAGAAGAGACACCGACCGAAUAUGUGCCAAAAGACAUCACCGAAACGACUGAAGCUGUUCAGCCUGAAGCACCCGCAGAGGCACCCGUAGAAGCACCCGUCCUAGACAAGGUCGAGGGAGUUGAAGGCGAUAUCGACAACGCCCCAUCUGCUUCAGAGGCGCAAGAUGCCACUGCUGAAGAUGACGCGGCUGAAUCGGUGAGCGGGAAAAAGUCCAAGAAGAACAAGAAAAAGAAGAAGUCGGUCAGUUUCGCUGAGACCGACGCGGCUCAAGAUGCUCCCCAAGACAGCACUGAGCCAUCUUCUAUUGGACAAGAGCCUCUAGUGCAGGAACCAGAGCAGCUUGAGGAACCGACCGCAAGCAAGGAAGAAUCCAGCCCUGCCGAGGAACCUCCACCCAGCCUACCUGUAGAGGAAACUCCCACGCCAUCUGCCGAAACCGAACAACCCGAGACACCUGCACAAGCUACACCAGUUGAAGAGCCUGCGCAGGCUGAAUCUGCCGAUGCACAGGCUGAAUCUGCCAAGGACACUGCGGUGGACGAAGCCGAGCCUCCAGCUGAGAAGAAGAGCAAGAAGAAGAAGAAAAAGAAGAAGAAUGCUUCUUCAGAUGAUUCUGAGAAGCAAUCCGAAGCCGACUCUCUGCCUCAGGAGACUCCCGAACUCGCUGCUCAAGAAAAUGCUGCCACCACUGAAGAACCAACCCCUCAAGAUGUCACAUCGGAAGAACCGAAGGAUGCUGUCCUCCCAGAAGCAUCUCUGGAAGCAUCUGACAGGCUAGAGCAUGGUGGCGGCGAGCCUGUAGAGGCACUUUUCCCUACCGACGAGGCUGCGCCGCUCCUGGAACCAGAGGAGAUCGACGUCGUCUCCGAGGUUGUCCCACAAAACGAUGAGCAGACACAGCCAGCUGAUGUCGAAAACCCCGUAGAAACUCCCUCUGUCCAGGAACCACCAACGGACGUUCAGGCCACCGAAGUGCCGGAUGCCCCUGCUGCCGAUCAGCCUCCCACCGAAGAACCCGUCCCGACCACUGAGGAGCCCGAAGCCGCCUCUCCAGCAAAGCUGUCCAAGAAGGAGAAGAAGAAGAAGAAGAAGGCAGAGAAGAAGAAGGCUGCGCUUGAAGAAGCCGCAGAACCUGAUUCUGGUCUUGCCACUCCAUCUGAAGAUCCCGAACCUGUACCCGAACCUGAGGCCACCGAUCCCCCGGCCGAGACACUCCCGGAUCCUCGCGAGGACACCCCAGCGGAGCCCGAGAGGACCGAAACUUCCAGCGCAGAAGCCGCACCUGAAGUCGAGCCUGCGACGCCAGCCGACGAUACCAAUAACCAGCAGCUGGUCCUGAAGACGAGCGGGGACCCCGAGACCAAUCGUCCAACGGAACCGGAACCGGAACCGGAAAAGCAGCACGCCGCCGACGCCGCCGUUGAUGAGGCUAGGAGCCUCGGGCCCUCCGAGAACGAAACGCGGGAGGAGGACAAGAGCAAUGCUGGUGAUCUUGAAGCCCCUGUCGAGCCCGAGGCAAAGCUGGAGCCGGAGCCGGGACUGGAAACUGAGAAACUGGAAGACAAUGAGGGAGAUGCUGGCCUGUCCAAGAAGCAGAAGAAGAAGCAAAAGCAAAAGGCCAAAGCAUUAGCUACCUCGGAGUCCUCAGCCGAACCGGAGACACCCAAGGAGACCGAGGCAUCCCCAGAGGAACCAACGGAACUUGCGGUUGGAACUGGUAUCGAACCUGAGUCGAAACCCGAGGCUGAAAAUGAGCCUACGGCAGAUACGUCCGCCGAGCCAGACAAUGACUCUGGCCCCAAGAUUGAGAAUGAAACACUCCCCGAUGUUGAGGAGACUGUACCUAUAGUUGAGCCUGACACUGAAGCUGAAUCGAAGCGCGAAACUGAGACUCAACCUCUCGUCAACCCCGAUGCUCAAUCUGCGGUUGAGCCAACCACUGCCGAGCCCGAACUUGAAGCCGACGUCUUGAUCUCAAAGCCUGAGUCCGACCAGCAGACAACUUCCGAACAGGAGACCAUUGUUCCUGAGUCGGAGAUUGAGUCUGGAAAGAAUCAGGAUCAGACCGAAUCGCAGCCCGAUACUAAAGUCACAGCUGAGCAGGAACUUGCGAAUGAACCAACCUCUGAGCCACUCACUUUGUCUACACCAGCGCCGACAUUUGAUGAACCGAGGGAUUCUGUGCAACCUUCUGAAUCAAUUGUCGAGACGGAGCAGCAGCCUGUUGUUAGGCCUGAGUUGGAGGCUCUGGAGAAGACAGCCGAGGACUCUGCACCCGCCCUCUCAAAGAAGGACAAGAAAAAGAAGAAGAAAGCAAAGAGCGAGGAGAAGCCCGCUGAGCCCCUGCAAGAAGCAGAUUCUUCAAAGGAGGUUGAGCCCGCCCAGGCUGUCGACCCACAGCCAGUUGAGGCUUCUGAGCCUGUAGUUGAACCCGUCGUCGCCGCUGUUCUCGAGUCCACACCGCCUGUUCCUGAAGCGGCCCCCAAGUCAAUAACGGAGCCCGUCAUGGAACACGUCACUGAGGAUGACACUCCCACCUCCAGGGGCGAUCAGACCAAGCAGGGAGAUGAAACAGAGUCUGCCAUACCAGCUUCAAAUGUUCCCGAGCCAACCUCAGAUGGCGCCGAACCUACUCCCGAGUCUGCCGAGCUAGUAGCCGAAGUCACUCAGUCCACUCCUGAACCUCUCGAGGAGAAACCCGAAACUACUGACCAUGCAGUGGAACCUGCAGGCUCUCCUAUCGUGCCUCGUCCCUCGACGCCGAGGGCCAUCGAGGAAGCUCCUCUCUCCACGUCAACGCCGACUAAGACGGCUGAGCCGACGGUGGAGCAGCAUUCAGAAACAGCCCAGGAGACCCUCCUUGAACCCGAAUCUUCAGGCGCCCAUGAAGCAACUUCUGCUCCCGAGGUUGAAGCACCGCCAGCGAACGAAGCUGUCCCCGAAGCCCAAGCUCAACUAGACAAGGAGGGCGAUGAUGGCGAUGAGGGCUUGACAAAGAAGGAGAAGAAAAAGAACAAGAAAAAGAAGAAGAAGGGAAAGGGUACAGAGACUGAACCCUUAGAAGACACGGAGAGCCUCGUCGAAACCGCAGCCGUUGAGACGAGCGAGUCUCAUCCCACUUCUGAAAACCAGCCUGAACCUAUGCAGCUUGAGGCUGAGACGACACCGGCAACUGAAUCUGCUACUGCUGUUCCCGCUUCGUCCGAAACCGAGACAACUGAGCCUUCUGGAACUCAUGCGGCUGUCACCAAGGCCGACCCGGUGGCUCCACAGCCUGAAGUUGGACUUGAGUCAGACUCGCAGAAAGUCCAGAAUGAUGAGACCCGUCAACCUGAAGGGGCUCCUCAACCUAUCGAUGCUCCUGCGUCUGAAAAUGACACCUCCAAGUCUGCCCAUGAACUACAGGAACAGACCCAGCAGGUACCUGAACCUGGUUCGGAAUUUGUCGAGAUUCAAGAACAACCAAGGAGUACUGCUGAAGAACUCGACCAAGGCCUUCCUCUGUCUACGAAAGCCAAGAAGAAGAAACAGAAGAAAGGCAAGGAACCCGCCCUGAGUGCUGAAGAAGACCCAGGGACUCCUCGGGAAGCCCUGGAGUCUACUGCUCUUCCGACCGAAGCCACCGGGCCGGAUUCCUCGAAGGAGGUGGCUGGUUCGGCCCAACAUGUUCAACUGCCGGACCCUACCCCUGCGACUGAGGAAGUGGCUGUCUCUGGUGAGGAAAAGCAAGCUAACAUGACUGACGAUGGUCCUUCUGUUGAGCCUACCACGUCCGCAGAAACGGUACAAACGAGUGAGCAAAUGGAUGCCGCCACAUCUCCUGAAGGCAUUGCCACGACUGAGCCUAUUGCGCAGCCGGCAACAGUUGACAAGGAUGAGCCGUCCGAUCAGGCUCAACCCUCCGAACCAGCAGUGACCACUGAUAACGACAAGCCUGACGAGGCAUCACAAUCUGUUCAACUUCCUGAAGUCGAACCUGAGUUGACUCCCGUGCCUGAAGCCUCUCAGCAGGAUGUGGCCGAGGAAGUUCAAGAGGUCCGGGGCGAGGAUCCAGCGCCUUCCACUCCCAAGAAGAACAAGAAGAAAAAGAAGAAGGGAAAGGGAAAGGAAACCAGUCAAGAUUCUGAGCCAACGGCCGAACCCACGCCAAUCACUGAGCCUACCGAGCCCUCUCUAGAGCCUGUCGCGGAGCCUGUUAGCGAGCCUACCCAGCUGACAAUGAAGCCGGAAACCAUCACUCAAGAACAAGACAAAGCCGUCACUGGAGCCAUCCCUGCCACUGACCUGGCCCAGCUUCCCGCCGAGCCCCAGCAAGUUGCCCCUGAGAUGAGUCCUGAGCUCGUCAAGGAACUCGACAACGUUGUUGAGCCUGUCAAAUCUGCAACCGAGACUGGCUCAAAGCCUGAAGCCUCUGCCGACUUUCCUUCUGCUGAAACUGCUCCUGAGCCAGUUAUCGGACCCAUCCGAGACCCAGCCUCUACACAUCCUCCUGACUCAACUGAUGCUGCUCCUGAGACUCCUGCCCCGCUCUUGGAUGCUGACCGACAAGCCGGAGAUGAAGCCCAACCAGCGGUGUUGGACGUACAAGACAACUCAUCUCCCCAUGUCCUUGACCGCAACCUUCAUGAUGAAGUGGAAACGACCUCCUUAACUCUCGCGCCAACUGAAGCCGCAACAAGAGCCUCGAGUGUCCUAGAGCCUGUCAUUCCUGAGGUGGAAGUGGCGCCUGCAGUCGAGCGUGCAAUUGAACCGCCAGCUCAACCACAAGAAAUGGAUGACAUGGCUGGUCUUUCCAAGAAGGAAAAGAAAAGGAGGAAGAAGGCAGCCAAAGACCUCGCCGCAAAACUCGCAGAAUCUCAACCCACAACGUCGGAUACUUUGGCGCCUGAGCCCACUCAAGCUGGGUCCUCCGAGGACGCGACCCGAGAGGCUGAAACGGUGCCAACUGUGGGCAGUGAUUCUCUGCUAGAAGCCGAGCCAACACCUCAGACGGAGGCCGACAAAGAGACUCAUCCCUCUACCCAAACCCAGAACGAGGACCCUCUGGAACUCGUCUCUGAAGCUAUUCCCGUGACUGAGUCAACGACACAGGCAACAACUCAGGCACCGCCAGAACAGGAACCAUCCCCGAAAUCGCCCACUGAGCAGGCACUAAGAGAGGUGUCUGAGCCCCUGACAGCUGAAGCAGUGACCCAGGCUACAAGCUCCGAACCAUCCACCCAAACUGAGGAGGCAACGAGGGCGCAGACUGAAGCAGUUAGUGAGGCUGUUGCUGCGGAUAUCCCCCAACCAGAAUCCAGUCAAGUCCAAGAUUCUGUUGAUGUGCACCGAGCCCAGAUCGAAGCUUCGAUUGAGCCGGAUCAGCAAAACGAACCCUCAUCGAAGAAGAGCAAGAAGAAGAAAAAGAACAAGAAGUCUGCUCUAGACGCAACAGAAAGCUCUGAGCCUAGUGGCGAGACAGCACAGUCUGCAGGACCUGAAUUGGAACGGGACGCUCAAGAUCCUACUGUUACAACUGCGCUGGAGGACAAGUCAGGCAUGGCAACCACUCGUCUCGAUCUCAGCCAGUGGCCUGGACCAUCGGAAAAGCCUCCACAGACAGCUGACGAACCAGUACAAACCGAGAAGCCCGAUGAGGGCUUCCGCCGAGAUCUAAUCCUUGAGCCAGUCGACCCAGCCGAAACCGAGGUCCCAGCUCAAUCCUCCGAGGGCUUUCGGGAGCCCCAACACGACCUCGAAGGCGAACCCGCCUCUACCAUGCAAGGACCUGGUGAUUCUAUGACUCGGGAUGUACCAACAACUCGGAUGGAGUCUGAGUCAAAAGAGUCAUUACGGCCCCAGGAGACAACCGCCGUCGAAAAGUCGGAGUUGCAGCUGAACCCCCCCGCUACAAUUCUCGAGGAAACGAGCCCCUCUAGUCGCGAUAUCCUAGCCGAUCUGGACCUCACCCAGCCUGAGCUUGCCCAGCAAGAGCCGGGAGACAAGGAGCAGGGCGCUGAGGUCACCAUCCCGUCUAAAAAGGACAAGAAGAAAAAGAAGAAGGCGGCCAAGUCCUCAGCCCCAGAAUCUCCUGCCCCUCUCGAGCCUACCGAUGCGGUUGAGGGGCAGCUUCCCGUUGCCGGGCCUUCACUCGACCAAGUCGACGAACAACUCAAAGUGCCAGAACCAGCUGCCCCCGCCCAUCUGAAGGUAGAAGAAAAUGCAGAGUAUCCUGACAACAUCCGAGCUGACAACCUUUUGGGACAAGAGAUCAACAAAGGAGAUGAGGUGAAACUGCAAGAGCCCUCACUAGAACCUCCUUUCGACCGCUCAGUCGAAGCGCCAGCCCAGCCUUCAGUCGAACCCCCCACUGAUGGAUUGGUCGAGCUUCCAGUCGAACGUACAGUCGAGCCCGAGAUCGCGGAGACCGCUCAAAAUACUGCUGGCCUAGCUCUAUCGAAGAAAGACAAGAAGAAGAAAAAGAAGGCCAAAGUAGUUGACACUCAAGCAACAGAGUCGACACGCCUUCCUGAGCCAACAACUGAGGCACUUGACAACACGGCUCAGCCUCCGGCCGAAGACCUGACCCGGGCUACAGACGAGCAAACCGAGUCACCUGUUCUGGCUGCUGAUGCGACCAAUUCUACAAAACUCACGGAGCGAGAUGUUGCCCAGACUCAAGAACUUGAGGCACCAACCGAAAAGCCUACUGAAGCCUCAGAUCUCCGCAUCGACCUGCCAAAAGAAGUCAAUGAGCAGGUAUCGACAACCGGGCCCGAACCAGCACCACAGACCGUUGCUUCUAAUGAGAGUGCUGCGAUGGGAGUUGAUGCUCCUAUCUCUGCCCCAAUCGACGCUCUUGUACCUCAGGCUGCUCCUAUUGAAGAGCCUGUUCCUCAAGGCUCAUCUGUUGGAGACGUCACUGCCGACGAGAAGCAGCCAGAAGUUCCUGUGACCCAAUCCCCACCAAUUGAUCGCCAACCGCUGGAUGCCGGCCUCGCCGCGGCCGCACCGAGUGAGCAGGUCUCCGCCACGGAGCCUGCUAUCGCCCAAGAUCCCAUUGCUACCACUCCUGGUGAAAACACUCGCGAAGCAGACAGCAAUACCAAAGACACGCCGAGCCAAGCCGACGCUUCCCCUGGUGCCGCCCCUAAAGAUGCCACCUUGGAGAGUGGACAAGCCUCGACCGCUGCUUUAGCGACAGAACAACCUGAAAACGAACCAUCUACGAAGAUGUCAAAGAAGCAAAAGCAAAAGGCCCAGAAACUGGCUCAUGAGAAGGAGCUUGCAGAGCGAGCUGCCGCUGCGGGCGAAUCCACAAUCUUGGAACAGCAAGAUGCGCAGCCUGCACCUGUCGAGGAAGAGUCACCACGCCAUCAAGAGGCUGAUACAUCAGCCGCAAAGAUCGAAGCAGACGUCCGUUCAUUGGCUCCGGUCGAGACUCCUGCCGAAGAACUGACUCAGCCCAGCGAUGAAGUUCUCGUGAAACCCGAGGGUUCCAAGAAGAAGCUGAAGAAGGGGAAGAAGUCUCAGCAGUGUUCGGGCACACAGACUCCUGCCGAAGUCAACGAGGCUCGUGUUGAGCCUACGGCAGUGCCCAUGCUCUCUCCAGAGCCCUCCCCUGUCCCAGAUAUGGCUGCGAAUGUCAACGAAUCGCAGGCCCCGGCAUCAUCUGCCAAAGCAUUUAUCGACAACAUGUCUACGGUAGUCGCGUCAGUUACUCAAGAUGACCAAGAAAAGCGCGGUGACCCCAGCGACAAGAUUCAAGCACCAGCCGUUGAGAUUGAGACGUCGGCACCGGAAACCGACAAGCCAACAGAGAAGAAGCCCGAUACAGACCAUAUCACUCAAACUGCUGAUAUGACUGGACCGCGAGCCUUGGCGGAUACACCAGCGGAGCAGGUAGCUGAUGACAAGGCUGCACCAAAGAAGAAGACCAAGAAAAGUAAGAAGAUAAAGACUGUACUCUCCGAGUCGAGACUUGAAGAGACACCCAGCGCUUCUUCAGAACCUGCUCCUCCAGCUGCAGAUGAUGUCAGGGUGAAAGACAUGAGCCAGGUUUCGGCGUUGCAGACAAGCGCCCGUACCGAGACGGAGCAGCACAUGUCUGAUGCACCACGAGGUUUGGCUUCGGCCACUGCAACCAAGCCAAUUCUUGGUGAAGACAGUACCAAAGCUUUCUCUGAGGAGCCAGUUCCUCGAGCUCCUUCUGUUAACCUCGUCGAGUCACCUCCGAGACAAUCCAUUCUCCCCCCCUUCUCUGAACAACCUCUCGGCUCACUUUUGCCACUCACGCCCGUGGUUUCUGCGGAAGAGCCACCCCCAAGCCAAAAGGCCGAGAGCAAUGAAUCUGGAGCCGUUGUUCCCAUAUCAAGAGAGCUGUCGCUCAGUCCUUAUUCGGCAGCAGAGGCAGGGCGAGCUCUUGAUUCAAAGAAGAAAAGGAGGGCCAACAGAGUGCCCAGCGGUGUUUUGCCAUUCGGACUCCCGCAGCCCACGCCGGAGGCGACCCCAGAACCCGAGUCACCAAUAGCUGACCGAUUGAUUCUACUCGGGGAUCACACAGGUUCCAAACUCAGGGGCAUCGAUGAUACUCUUUGGGAACUCGGUUCAAGUAUCGAGAAACAUCAGCCGCGGAACCUGACUGCCAUGGUCAAGUCGAGAGCGCCUGCUGAGCCCUCGGCAGAUACCCUUCCGUCUUCUCAAGAUGAUGUAGCGGUCUUCCAUCAAGAAUUGGUUCAGCAAGAGGAGAGAAACGACAAGAACAAGGCAACUAGCGAUCUCGACUUUCCGGGUCCUCAUCAAGACCAUGUCGAUUCCAAGGGCGCCGAAAACAUAGUCUCUCCCCAGCCAGCCAAGGACUCACCCUCUGGCGAGGCCCUUUCAAUGGGCAAGCCACCUAAGACUCCCAAGGCAACAGGCAAGACCCCAUCCCAACCGGCAGCCAAGGAGACCAAAUCAACUGUCGCUGACAUUUCAGCGGCAGCCGCUGCUGCGCUGGGGGGCAUCGCGCUUGUGGAUAAAGCUGACAAGAGGAGGAGCAAGGGAAAGAACAAGGAUGAGAACAGACAACUGGAUGAUGAGGAAGAUGAUGAUUUGUUGACGCGCGAACACCGAAGCAAAGGCAAGGAUCUCAUGUCGAUGGAUACCAAGAAGGAGGAAGAAGCCAAAGAGGUCAAAAGGCGUGGUGAUCGCCGGGGUGAAGCAUCCCGCAACCUCAAAGACAAGGAGAUGGAGGAAAACGUACGGGAUGCUGCCCAUGAUUCCAAGGACAAGAGCAAGGUGAAGGACAAGAAGCCCUCGCACAAAAGCAAGGACGUGGAGCUGUCAAAGGAGAUCUCCACACCCAACAGGCCAAGCAAGGACAAGCACACGGAUAGGGAUGAGGACAAACUCGAGCGCUCAACUCCAGCCAAGAGCAAGACACCCGAACCUGAAAGAGGAUGGAAGGACACAAUACGACAAGUCACACACAUGGACACAUUGGACAUGAUGGAAAGCCCGAUUCUCGGCCGAGGAGAUCUGGCACUUUCACGAACUUCUUCCCCCCAGGGCCUCCUGCGCCUUGGACCGGACGUUGGGGAACCCAUGAGUGGUUUGCUACGAGAGGACAGCCAGCCACCAACACCAAUGGGGGACAUGGGAUCAGAGGUCAGCGACCUACGCCGAUCCCCCUCCAGACUUUUGGCCCCGGUGAAGGAAGUUCCCGAGUCAGAGGCCGAGCCAUCCAAGUCUAACUGGAAGACACCUGACGCCAAGCGCGACAGUGGACUUGUUGGUGACGCGGCGAGCUUUCAGAGCCGAAGCAAGCGGCUAAGCGAAGAAGCGCAGCGCGACAGUGGUCUCGGACAAGAAACACCUACACAGAGAAGAAGCAGACGGCUCAGUCAAGAGGCGCAUCGCGACAGCGGAGUUCACACGGGUGAGCCCGAACGUCCGGUACUCCGGACACCAGAGCCAAGAAGCGAACGGAAACUUCGCCGUUCGCCCCGGGGCACGCCAGUACUAAGAGAGCCGUCCACGCCGGGACCGACACCAGAACCCGAAAAGAAGGAGCGGAAGCAGUAUGGCGCCCUCACUCCAGUGGGCGCGGCGGCGGCGGCAGUGACAGCGGGAGCUGGAUUAGCGGCCCUACGAGGACUCUCCACGCCAACACCAGCACCAGCACCAGCACCAGCCUCUUCAGCCUCAGUGGCGGGCCAGCGCAGCGUGUCAGAUAACGCCCCCGUAUCCCGCCAAUCAACGCCGAGCAUCCUCGAGGGCUCAGGGCGACGAGCCGUUUCCAACACCAGCCUCUCCCGUCGCCGGACGCCGGAGCCACUAAAGUUCCGGCCUGAAAGCCCAGGCAUCCGCACCUCCACACCGCCGCUCCGUCGGGUCGACAGGCGAAUGAGCGGUGAUCUUCGUUCUCUUCGCCAACAAAACAACACCACGCCCGCCAGUUCCACGCCCGUCGCAAAUGAGGGUCGAGCCCGUGCCAAGGACAUGGCCGACGUCUACGAUGGCUACGGCGAGGGCCGCAUCGGUUCACCCCGAUCACCCACCCGGCCCCACAGCAUGCGACGCCGACAGAGUAUGCAGGUGCUUGAGCUUGAGAAUAAGGUAGAGCAGCUGCUGGCUGAGAAUCGCAUGCUCACCGAGGCCCGCGCCAUGGCUGAGACGAGCAUCAGCCAGCGGGCCGCCUCCACCUUAGCUGACCGCGACGGCGAGAUCGACAGCCUCAAGCAGACUCUGCAGUACCUCCAAAACGAAGUCUCCCGCCUGACCGAGGUGAAUAUUGGCCUCACCAGUGCUAAUGCAGAGCUGGCAAACAAGGAGACGGGCCGUGUCGCCGACCUCGAGGCCCGAAACGCCAACGUCACACGCGAGCUAUCCGAGGUUCGACGCGCCCGAAAAACGACCGAACAGACCCUAGAAGCCAAGGACGCAGAGAUUGCCGCGUUGCGUGCCAAACUCAAUUCCGCCAAAGAAAAGAUCCGUGAUUUGCAGCGUCAGAUUCUCGAAACCAAGGCUGCUGACGACGCCUUCCUUAACAUCCGCGACGAAGAUCACUUUGAUCACCGUUGCCAACAACUAUGCUCCCAUGUCCAACAAUGGGUGCUCCGAUUCUCCAAGUUCUCCGACAUGCGUGCUUGCCGCCUGACAAGCGAGAUCAAUGACGAGAAGAUAAUUGACCGCCUCGACAAUGCUGUCCUGGACGGCUCCGAUGUCGACAUUUACCUUCGGGACCGAGUAAAGCGACGCGACAUCUUCAUGUCUAUGACCAUGCACAUGGUGUGGGAGUUCAUCUUUACCCGCUACCUGUUUGGCAUGGAUCGAGAGCAGAGACAGAAGCUCAAGUCGCUUGAGAAGCUGCUGACCGAGGUCGGCCCUCCCGAGGCGGUUCGCCGAUGGCGAGCCGUCACCCUUACAUUGCUGUCGAAGCGUGACAGCUUUAAACGCCAACGUGAUCUGGAUACAGAGGCCGUUGUCCAGGCCAUCUUCCAGACGCUUUGCAAGAUCCUCCCCCCACCGUCAAACCUGGAGGAUCAGAUUCAAUCUCAGCUACGACGUGUCAUGAGAGAGGCUGUUGGUCUCUCGAUCGAGAUGCGUACGCAAAAAGCUGAAUACAUGAUGCUACCGCCCCUGCGUCCCGAGUACGACGCAGACGGCGAGCUUGCCGCCACUGUUUCGUUCAACGCAUCCAUGAUGAACGAGCGCAGUGGCAGCGUUACCAUGUCUAAUGAGGACCUCGAGGCUCAAGGAGCCAUUAUCCGAGUUGUUCUCUUCCCACUGGUCGUCAAGAAGGGAGACGACAAUGGACGGGGCGACGAAGAGAUCGUCGUCUGUCCCGCUCAGGUGCUCAUUGCUCGGUCCAAGAGCAUCUAUCCCGCCUCGAGCGACGGCGGCAAUGCCUCUGCUGGCGCGCGAAGCCACAUCAGCGUCACGACAGAGAGCAUGGUGCCGCAGCCCGCUGAGGCGGAAUAUCUAGAAGGGGGGAUUUAG